UCUCCUUCAUCAUCAACAAACACAAAAACGAAACCAAAAUCACUCAAACAAGACAGAAACAAAAAUGAGUUCUGCAAGCAAAACAUGGAUGGUGGCUGCAAGCAUCGGAGCCGUUGAGGCAUUAAAAGACCAACUAGGCGUGUGUCGUUGGAACUAUGUAAUCCGAUCAGCGAAUCAGUAUCUCCGAAACAACUUAAGAUCUGUUUCUGAAGCUAAGAAGCUCUCUUCCUCAUCAUUCGAUUAUACCAACAAGACCAAGCAAGCUGAAGAAUCGUUAAGGACAGUCAUGUACUUGAGUUGUUGGGGUCCUAGUUAAUGAAAAAGGAUCAAGAUUUGAAAAACCCUAAUCAUGGAGUUUUGAUAAUGUCUCUUUUAGGGUUUAAAACCCUUAAAAAUGUAUAUAAUUUGCUCUGUAUAGUGACUCUUGAACUAAUGAUUAAUAAGAUUUGUUCAAACUA